CCUGUAUUCCAUAAGAAACAAAUCUCGAGCUUAUCUUGAUUGUUCAGUCUUCUCUUCUCUACUUAACUAUCAACGAUGCAACCACGCAGACAUGGAGGAUAUCAAUCACUCUACAGGGAUUCCCUACCAGUGGAGGAAUCUGCGAAUAGGCGAACGAUAUAUCAGAGUGGAGAAGAUGCUUUUCCCAUGCCCACCGACAGUAGAUGUCUUUACGUUUCCCCCCAAUAAACAGGUCAUCAAGGUCCUUGACAAGCAAAUGGCUAGGGUAGUACUUGAACAUGACUUUUCUUAUGUUUCCAAGUCUGGAUAUGGUAUACGAACUUCCGAAGCCGAAGCAAUGAAGCUUGUCUUUCAGCAUACUUCUGUUCCCGUACCCAAGGUUCUUGUGACCCGGUUUGAUGGCGACGAUGGUAAUAUUCACAUGACCAUGGUUCCAGGUACCUGUUUAGAGGCAAAGUGGGAUAAGUUGGGUGUCGAGACUAAGAAGUCUGUCUGUCUUCAAAUUUGGGAUAUGAUAUCUAAAUGGAGGGAAAUUCCCCGUCCACCGAAACUUGAGGGUCUUUUUCAAUGCGCGGCCGAUGGCUCGCCGUCCAGAGACCCACUACUCGAAGAUUUGAAGAGCCCGCCCCAACCAUUAACGAGUGACUCGAAAUUACGGGCGCGAAUCUACGAAAGAUACCUUAACUGUGGGGGGCUUCGUUAUGAACAUGAGCUGCCAAACAUGCUACCACAUUCUAAUCAAAGCGUCUUCACCCAUGGUGAUAUCGCAGCUCGCAAUAUCAUGGUGGACGAUCAAAACGCUGUCACGGGUAUUCUUGACUGGGAGUAUGCUGGCUGGUACCCUGACUAUUGGGAAUACGCUCAAAUCAUGAACCCUGCCUUUUAUGGAGACUUCCAAGACUGGAUGGCUAGGACAGCGCCGCAGACAUGGGGCCUUGAUGGGAUCAAUGCUGCGAGAAAGGUAUUGUUCUAAGGUCAUGCUGCGUUAUAAUUCUACGAAAUUGCAGCGAGAUUGUUGUCAGUGAAUUUAGUUUGCUUCUGCUUCUGCGCCCUGAGGCUGCGAAACCACAGUUUAAUGUCUACGUGAAUUGUGAAUAAAACCAAAAUUCAAUGGGCGUUGGUUCGCU